AUGAGAAUUUCUACCAUUUUAUCUAUCGUUGCAUUAGCAGCAGCCACAAGUGCCGCACCAGCUGAUUCAGUAGCACCCGGAGAGCCUACCCCAGGGACACCAGAUGUAUCUGGAACCAUUACCCUCGAUGACCCAAUUCCUCCAACUGGCACUAUUACUCUUGAUGACCCUACUAGUGAACUUCCAGGAGGAACUAUUAGUCUUGAUGACCCAGCACCUCCUACUGGCACCAUCACCCUCGAUGAUCCAACUAGUUCAGGUACUGUACCAUCGGUUUCAAUCACCGUCAAUGCUACACUUCCAACACUUUCCGUUUCAACCUUCCCAACACCAAAUCCACCAUCCACAUUCUAUCCUAACACCACCACAACCGUUACCGGAUCUGCUACUGUCACUGAUUUUGUUACCUUCUGUCCAUAUCCAACCACUGUGACCGUCACUACAUGCCGUAGUAACGUUUGUCUCCCACACACUGUGACAGUUCCUGAGGCCACCACCUUGACUGUUACCGGCUCAUGUCUCGUGCCUACAACUUACACAACCGAAACGUGCCAUGAAUGUACUAAAACUCAAGAACCAACCACUACCCCAGGACCAUCUUCAGUUCCUUCUGUUCCUACAGUUUCUGAAGGUUCUGCGCCAAAGAAUAUAGCCGGUGCACUUGCAGGAAUAAUGGCAAUUGCUGCAGUCUUAUUCUGA